CUUCGCCAGGCAACAAGCCAGCACUGUGGUCAUUACGGAGCAGACGCCGAUCCCCCGACGACAGCUCACUUCACCAUGCGUGAUCAGUAUGACUCGUUGGAAUCGCCCAAGGCCGGCGUCAUGGCAGCAGAAAAGUACGACAAGCUUGUGGGCGAAGUGACCAAGGCGCUCGGCCAACUCAACACGACCGUCCGCGCUGUGGACCAAAAAGUGUCACUGUUUGGAACAAGCCUCGAUUCCCAAAGCAGCCACGAAAAGCUUCGUGAGCUGCUAGAAAAGGGUGACAAAUUGAUUUCAAAGAUUGAAAAGCGACUCAAAAUGCUUGGUGAUGACAUGAAGGGUCAGAGCGGCCCGGUCGUCCGGACUCGGUCGACCGCCAUCAAGAAGCUCACAGCGGAUUUUAAGACACAAUCGGACCUUUUCAAACAGUCCAGCCAGAGCGCCAAGUCAGCCAACGUGACUCUUCCGUCGGUGGCAAAGCCAUCAGGCAUCAACCAGCCCGCACGACCAGCACCUGGUGGGUUCACCAAUUUCCACGAAGACCAAUUGCUGGCCCAGGCUCAAGUCACGACGUACGACGAAGAUGACUUGAUGCGACGGGAAGAGGACAUCAUUCACAUCAACCACCAACUGCGCGAGAUCAACGCCGCGUACAAGGAAGUGGAUGGUUUGAUCAACGACCAACACGAAGUUGUGGUGGAAAUCGCCGACAAUGUUGAAGUCGCCCGCAACGAAACGCACGGCGCCCUUCAGCACGUUCAAAAAGCCGACGCCCGGUCGAAGUAUUGCAACUGCAGCAAGCGAAAGCUCAUCUGUUAUGGGGGCCUUGCCUUCCUCUUCGUCCUCAUGGUGCUCGGUGUCAUCAUCGCGUUAAAGUAGUAAAUCGUGACAACGUUGCGCUGCCCACGACCUGGGCUCUCUGUGACCCCACGAAUGUAAUUAUUUUACUCCGCCAAGCGACUUCUCCGUGCAUCAACAACCGCAAGGGACACCUGCUGCUGCUGUAUUUUCUCGUGGGAUGGUGUAGAAACUUGGCAAGAACAAUUCGUCGCAUUUUCC